AUAAAAUUUCAUCAACGAGAAGUCACGGCACCAGAGAGAGAGGGAGAGGGAAGGGAGGGAACACUUCGUUCUUUCCCCAAAUCCAAACUGAGAGAGAGAGAGAGAGAGAGAGAGAGAGAGAGAGAGAUGGAAGAGAGAGGAGCCGGUGGAAAGCAGUCUAAGAAGAAAUCAACAUGGCCUGCUAUCAAAUCUAAACACAACGUUCAAAUAAACCAACUUAAGAAUUUGGAUCUUUUCACGAUACCAGAUAUUUUGACCGCUGCAGAAUCAAGGGCCUUUAUUACAGUUGCGGAGUCCAUGGGUUUUUCGCAUCAGGGCAGCCUGGGUCCUGCAAAGGGAGAAGCAUACAGAGACAACGAUCGCAUCUCUGUGAAUGAUCCCAUUCUUGCAGAAACUUUGUGGCAUUGUGGCCUCCAAAAUAUGUUUACUGAUAUCAAAAUUCGAGGAAAAGUUGCUGUUGGGUUGAACCCAAGUAUCAGAUUUUACAGGUACAAUAUUGGUCAGAGAUUUGGAAGGCACAUUGAUGAAAGCGUUGAGCUUGGAGAUGGCCGUACUACCAAAUACACACUACUGAUUUAUCUAAAUGGGUCUCCAAGAUCUAAAGUUAGUAGCAAUUCAAGUAGCGACCGUAAUUCUUCUGCUCGAUCUCUUGUUGGAGGGGAAACUGUGUUUUAUAAUAAUCGUGGAGGCAUCGUGGCUGAGGUAUCACCUGUGGAAGGAAUGGCUCUUCUUCACUUGCAUGGGGAUAAAUGUAUGUUGCAUGAAGCCCGGGUGGUCUCAAGAAAUGCUAAGUAUGUGCUUCGCUCGGAUGUAGUAUUUAUGUAACAAAAUCAGGCCUAUUACAGUGUACCACUGACUCUACUCAAAGUUUGAGAGAAUUUUUCUAGUGCCAUAUCUUAUUCCUCCGAUUUUACAUCUGAUGACUUCGGAUGUUUGUGAGCUUUGUAUAUGAAGGGUAAACAAACUCCGGUUUUACUUAUGUGGCCGCAGCCUCUUUAAUAUGGGGCGUUCAAUUAUGUAGUCUCUUUUGAUUUCGAUUCAUCUACAUAGAAGUCUAAAUGAUAAGGAAAUUUCACCCUA